UGCUUCGUGAUUCAGAUCAUCGCGCCUUUCACUGAUUUGACAACAUGGAUGCUCAAAAGGCUAUGCUCGAUGAGCUGAUGUCGCAGUACGUCGAUGUUGAUAACAAGGACUUUUGGGACGAUUCGGUUUGCAAGCAUUACUUGGUCGAAUUUUGUCCUUCAUCGCUGUUCACCAAUACCAAAUCUGAUCUAGGACCAUGCGACAAAAUUCAUAACGACAGAUUAAAGGAGAAGUACCAGAAUAGUCCAGACAAAUAUAAAUAUCCCUAUGAACAGGACUUUGUGAAAUACCUGACAUUUCUCAUCGAUGACUUGGAUAAGAAAAUCAGACGAGGCCGAGGCAGAUUAACGAUUCAAUCCAUGGACGACAAGCAUACUGAGGCCAUUAAAGGUGAAAGAGAAGAAAAACUAGUCUUGCUUGAUGUCAAAAUCAAAGAUCUUUUAGCAAAGAUUGAAGAGGCUGGAGAAGAAGGUCGUGUACAGGAAGCUACCGACUUGACCAGGGAAGUCGAACGACUCCAAGCUGAGCAUGCCAUACUGAAGGAGAAAGCAGAUAAUGCCGCACGUUCAGAUAAGAAAAUGGAAGUUUGCACAAUUUGUGGAGCAUUUCUUGUGACAGGAGAUGCGCCAGACCGUUUGGAUUCUCACUUCUCCGGUAAGCAGCAUCAAGGAUACCAAAAAAUUCGUGACACUUUAGAAAAAAUGGAGUCCACUUCACGUCAUACUGGCAGACGAGACGAUCGCAGAGGAGGCUACGACAGACGUGAUCGCAACCGCGAGAGAGAUCGCAGAGAUGGAGGUAGGGACAGAGAUCAUUCACGAUAUUCUGAUCGAGAACGAAGAGACGACUAUCGCAGGGACAAUCAUCGUCGUGGCAGCCAAGGUCCGUAUUAUGACCGAGAUGCUGACUGGGAUCGUGAAGCGGAUCGCUACAGCCGUCGACGCUACGAAGACGUGGAUCGACCACGAAGAUCACGCUCCAGAUCACGAUCGCCAAGACGAAGAGGUGACUGAUUAUUUCACAUUUAUAAAUUCAAUGCUGUAAUAAAGCACUUUUUUCUGUUUUCAAAUCG